UCUUUAACAGAUUUUUCGUUAAAAGAUUGGCCAAAUUUAACGUAGUAGCAGACGUGGUUACAACUUCACCAUUUGGUUUCUGCAGCUGUUUCUGCGUUGCCAUUGAAUUCGCAGGGCAUGGAAUGGAAUUUGGAGGGAGAUAAUUGAAUACAAAGACUCAGUCUACUGUCCCAUUCAUUUCUUUUUCAGGCCCCUAAUUUUGACCCCUAAAAUCAUUUUUUAUCGUUCUAGAUUCUGAGGCGACCCUCUUCUUUCGCUGAUCCUGAUAUAUCUCCUCUAUCCAUCUCCUACCUUAUAUGAUAUUGAUACUCUCUGUUUUUAAGCGCUCCAUUUUCUUGUGUGUUUUCAGUUAAAAGAUUUGGUUUAUUGUCUUCCAAGAUGGCCUGAUUUUCGUUGAAGUGAGAUUUUUUUGGGGUCUGCCUUUUGAGUUUCUGCUUGAAAUGUUGGAUUUCUUGGAAUAAUGCACCUUGAAUGGGUUGCUUAUGAAUUUCCUGUGUAGUUCUAAGCUCUACUGUUCUCUGGUUUUCCAUUCUCAAUUUCAAAAUUUGAUCUCUAUACAUUCUUAAUGUUGGGUGCUUGGAAAUUGUUUUUCGAACUGAAAUAAUUGUUCCUUUGUGGUGGAGUAAUUAUAUCAUUCCCAUACUUUUUGUUGCAAUUUUGAACUGUUCCAAUUGGUGCUGGUAAGCAUUCUUGGAAAUAAGAUAAUUGUUUAAAUUAGAGGGAAUAUUUCUUGUUGAAAGAAGUGGGAUUUUAUCAGUUGAAGCAUUGUGAAAUUAUAGGAUGAAAAGUGGGAGAGAUGAAGGAAAAUCAAUGGAUCCUCUAUUCCCUAGGCUUCAUAUUAGUGAUGCAUAUAAAGGAGGGCCAAGGGCACCUCCAAGGAACAAGAUGGCUCUCUAUGAACAGUUUAGUGUAUCCUCUCAAAGUCCGAGGUUCACCUCUGGAUCAAUGACAAUGCUGCCUCUUCCUACUGGUAGUGGUGGUAGUAGCUUCUUUCCAAAAGCAUCCUCGGGCCAAGUUGGUGGUUUCCAGAAGACGGUAGUUCCUACAUUCUGUAGCUUGCCAGGAUCUUCUCUCUCUAUGGAAAGAUAUCCUUCUUAUCAGCCUGUAGGAGUAAAUUUGAAUAUGGCAUUAACGAAUACUGAACCGCAAAAAUUGGUGCCAAAGAAUAAUCAAAGUUCAAAUGCUUCGGGGAGUUCAAUGCUGACAGCCGCGCGUAACUUGUCUUUGCCACGCGGUUUCUCCGGUAAUGAGAACUGUUGCAUGAAGAAGCCUGGAGAUGAAAAUGAUAUUAGAGUACCGCCUUUUAUGCAAUCGGAGAUAACUCUUGACUAUGGUAACCUUCAGUCGCAUUUGGAUAAAGAAAAAGUCACUGCCUUCAACUCAAUCUCUUUAGGGAAACUCCAAGCUUCUAGCUUAAAACUGCCACAGGAGGCAGGCAGUGCAGAUGGGAGAUCAAGGGAACAUCAGAGGAAUCAAACUGAGAAAGACGAUAAACUAUUGUAUACCAUUGAGCACAAUUCUGAGAAGCCUAUUCAUAUUUUGUCAAUGGGAGAGAAGAGUUUGGCUGAUGCAGCUUCAAGUCCUCGAGCCGGAGAUAAAGUCUUCGAGCCCGGUUACAGGUCACUCAAAUCUAUAAAUCAGGACAAGAAAAUCGGUUCGGUGAAUGAGGUAAUCAGAUCCCACGAGCCUUGUGCACAGACAUAUCAAGUGUGUAAAGUUGUCCAAGAAGGCAAGGCUACUAAAGAUGAUAUACACAGUGUGACCGAAAUGACCACGAGAAAGAGAAGUGCUUCUGCAAUGGAUGAUUCAUCACAUUCCACUCCACUACUUGAAGAUAGUAAUAUAAGGCUGAUUAAUCUUGAAUCUGUUAACGAGUGUUCCAAAAAUAAGGAUAUUAGGUCCUCAAAGGUAGGAAAUGUUGACAGAAAGCUGGGUAUUUCCGUGACAUCAGAGGCUGGCCCUUUACCAGCUCUCAAUUUAGCUCCUGAUGAUGUAGUUGAAGCUAUAGGUCUAGAAUUAUUCUGGAAAGCAAGAAGAACGAUUGCAGAUCAGCAAAGAAUUUUUUCUGUGCAAAUAUUCGAGUUACAUAGACUGAUACAGGUUCAGAGAUCUAUAGCUGGAUCACCCGAAGUGUUGUACAAAAACAUCUAUUUGGGCAAACCACCUAUCAAAUUUCCUUCUAUGAAUAAGCUACUGCCCAAGAAUGUCCCAGAACCACCCCCAACAUUUGCUAAACCAAAAAUCAAUCCUCAAAAGUUGAAUCCCUCCAACUAUCACGGAGCAGAGGCUGUAUGUGGGACCAACAAAGGUAAUCUUGCUCAGAAGUCAAUGCAUAAGCGUACGCCAACAUCGUUAUUAACAGACAUCGACGCUAAAUUGGCACCUUGGUGUUUCCAUCCUCCGUCAGGAUAUCAGUGGUUAGUUCCUGUACGAUCUCCUACACAGGGACUUAUUUACAGGCCAUAUAUGGGGCUAUGUCCUCCAACUGUUGGUUACAUGGCACCAGUUUAUGGAAAUUGUGGGCCUCUUAGCUUAAGUGCAGUGGGUGGAACGGCUUAUGGUGUCCCGGCUCCUAAUCAACAAGGUCUCAGAUUUUUUUCUGGCCCGAUACUCGCUCAGAAUUACUUUCAACAAUGUGAUAUGCCAAUCAUAGCUGCAAAUGGCUCAAAUCUUGAAGUCGAGCAGAUGCCCCAGUUUUUAGUAGAUCAGUCAACUGGACCAAAUAAGCACUCAUCGGAACGUGACCUCAACUUUUCCUUACCAUGUCAAAGCUUGUGUAACGUAUCCAGCCAACAGAGUAGAAUAGUUUCUGAUUCUGGCGGAAAUUUGCAUGCUUCUAAAGAAAGCGAUUUGCAAGGAAGCACUGCAAGUAGUCCUGAGUGGUCACAAGGAGAAGGACUCUCUUUUUUCCCUAUGACUCCGAUCCUCAAGAUUUCAAAAGCCCAAUGUAACGAGCAGCAGACACAAGUGAUUAAGGUUGUGCCUCAUAAGCCUAAGUUGGCUUCUGAAUCUGCAGCCCGAAUUUUCCAGUCUAUACAAGAAGAAAGAAAGAAACAUCAGGAGCUUUAUCCCUUUUCGGCAGAGGAAUCCCCGCCGAGUAAAACCGGUUUGUAACUGUCGUUUCCCAUUCUUGAGUACAUGAUUUGAUAUGUGAUUUUGUAGUUCUUUCUCCCAAUUGUUAAUUUACUGUAAAUAUAUACACACGACAGGAUCAAGGGAUCAGUUGUCAAUAUAUCGCUUUCAUUUCUAUUUAUGUAUAGGUUUGAUGACAGCAGAUGGUAGUAACAUGAAUUGUCAAGUUGUGCA